AUGGCUGGCAAAGACACAAAGACAAUUUCCAAACAUCUCCAGCAGACCUAUGAGCAGAUGUUUGAGAACAACCUCGCCUGGGCUGCUGCACAGGGCGAGAAGGACCCAGAAUUCUUCAAGAGGCUCGUCGAGGGCCAGAGCCCCGAGUACCUUUUUAUCGGAUGCAGCGACUCCCGCAUUCCCGCCGAGCAGGUCACAGGCCUACAGCCCGGUGAGGCCUUUGUACACCGAAAUAUUGCAAACGUGAUUUGCAACAUCGACCUUAGCGCCAUGAGUGUUAUCAAUUAUGCCGUCCGCCACCUCCAGGUUAAGCGCAUUAUUGUCUGCGGUCAUUAUGGCUGUGGCGGCGUCCAGGCUGCCAUGAGACCCCAGGACCUAGGCCUACUCAACCCCUGGCUUCGGAAUAUCCGUGACGUCUACCGCCUCCAUCAGGAUGAGCUAGAUGCCAUAUCCGACAAUAGAGCGCGCUACGACCGGCUCGUCGAGCUUAAUGUGAUCGAGCAGUGCCGGAACGUCAUCAAGACGGCGGCUAUCCAGCAGUCGUAUGUGGCCAAUGGAUUCCCUGUUGUGUCCGGGUGGGUAUUUGGGCUCCAUGACGGUCUGAUCAAGGACCUGAAUAUUGAUUUUGUGGCGACACUGAAGGAUGUUCAGAAGAUCUAUGAUCUUACAUCCUAA